GCUCACCUGAUCUAUGAAAAAACAAAAACAAAAAAAGCAAAUUCUUGUAUUAUAGCCAUUUUGACUCAUCGAUUUUGUAAAAUAGUUUAAUAAACCAGGAUUAUCUUAGCUUCUUGUGUGAAUUGAAAAUGCUUAUAUUUUAACACCUCUACCCAUACCCAUAACUACUCUACUUGCUUCCCAUAAAUUGCAACCAGGGCCAGCCAACCAGCACACACAUACAGAGAGAGAGAGAGAGAGAGAGAGGGGCUUGGGGCUUUGAGGUGGUGAGAAAAUGGAAAAAGAAGGGCAUAAGAGGGAGCCAGAGGAAUUGGUGUUGGAAGCAGAAGAAGAAGAAGAAGAAGUUGGGAUGCUAGUGAGGGGUUCAAAAUAUAAUAUUUCCAAAGAAGUGAGUAAUUGUCAUAUUGAGAAAAAUGGGUAUGCAAAUUUACCCUCAGUGACUGAAAAUGGAGGUCAAGAAUCAACCUUUGACGGUGACCAAGAAGGGGCAGAGGAGCAUGUUGACCCAACACCAGCUGAUAGAGCUGGAAUCAAAGAUUGUCUGCCAAGACUGGAGAAUUGUGUUUACUUUGACAAAGAUGAAGGAAUAUGGAAGUGUCGAGUCUGCCGUUGGAACUGCCAAAACGAAAGUGUUUGUUUUGGUCUCCCUCAGAUGCCUAAGGGGCAAUUGCAUAAGUUGCUGGAUUACAAAACCUUAGACCAGUGUGGAUUAUAUUUCAGUUUUGAAAGUGAAGAUGGUAAAUUAACGUCUUCAUCAUCAUCUGUAAAAGAAAGUAACAAGAGAAAUCCAGGAGAUGUUUGUAUCGAGGGGAGUCUUCUUACUGAUCUUCAAUAUCAUGGAAAUUUGAAAGAUGAAAACCUGCCAAAUUUUAAUAUUUUGCCCACUGGAACUUUACCACAAGAGCCCGGUACAGUUCACAAGUUGUCAACUGUUGAAGAGAUAGAAAGUGCUGAUGUUGACCAGAUAACGGAUAGUGAAAUUGAUGCGAAGGAUUAUGACGUUGAGAAUGUGUUACGUAAGCAGAAUACUCAUGAUCUGUACUGCCCAAACUGUCAUUCCUGCGUAACCAGAAGAGUUAUUCUUCGUAAAAGAAAACGAAAUGUUCGAAUUUCUAGUGGAGAAGUUAAACGUAACAAAUUGGGGACUGCAAGUGAAUCCAAAUUUGAUACACAACUGAGUAGCGAUGAAUGUCAUGAUGAGCCACUGAUCUCUCUUGAUGAUACUCCAAUAUCAGCUGUCAAUGGUUAUGAUCGUGAUCGUGAACCAGAGAUAUUCAGAUGUUUAUCGUGCUUCAGCUUUUUUAUUCCAACAGGGAGUGGCUUCAAGUUGUUCCAGAUUUUUGGCAAAAAAGACGAUCAAGAAAAUAAGAGAGAUGAGCAAGGAGUGAGAAUGAGCAAAAACUGGUUUUCCUCCAUUUUUGCAUCGGAUAAAGGGUCUGCUGAUAAAGGAGAAGAUCAUAGGUUAGAUGUUGGGAAAAACAAUAACGAAGUAAUUUUACCAUCAUCCAACUUGUGUGAUAAGAGUGAUCAAUCCUCGUCCAUUCAAGAAACCAUUCCACCUGUUCAUGUUGACAGCAGAAGCAUUGACCUUCGUGAAACUGGAGCUAAUAUCUCAACUUCUCAAAACACCGAGCUAGAAAGAGCUGAAAAAAUAAUGAAUGACGCAAAAGAUAUAUCAGUCUCUGCAAUAAUGGGCAAGAACGGAGAUCCAGUCAACCACUUCGAAGUAGAUACCAAUCAUCAAUUAAAUUUAUCAAAUGGAAUUGAAGUAAAUGGUGCAAUUAACGAGGCAUUGACUCCUGCUAACGAAACUCAAGUUGGUACUGAAAGCUUUGUAGAGAGUACUUUGUCAGCAUCCCAAACUGGGCUGAAGAUUUUGAUAACUUCAAAUGAGGAGUCCAUGACUCUUGAGAAGAAGCAAGCUGAUAAAAUAUGUGACAGUCCAGAUGAUGAAGCUGAAAUUGCACUGACACCACCAGUUUCUGUACUUAAAGGAUCAGAAGGUGAAACUAAAUUGGAUAUUUCAACAGAUUCUCCUCAACAACACAUUGGAGCCGUUCUUCUCAGUGAACCUCCGGUUGAAAAUAUGGAUACAAUGUUCCAAACUGUUACUAAAGGCGAAGAUACCAUAAUUUCUGUAGUAGAAGCAGGGCCAACUGAAACUGCAGAAUCGAUGAAUUUGCCAAAUCUUGCGACUGAAAUGUGUGCAGUGGAGCAACAAGGAAGCAAUGCUAGAGAAGGGAACAAAAUCGAGAUCAUCAAAAGUAUUGUGUAUGGUGGUCUAGCUGAGUCGAUCACUAGCCUAAGCAUUGUAUCAUCUGCUGCUGCUGCUGGUACUGCUACGUUGUAUAUUUUUGCCCUCAGUGCUGCUAAUCUAGUCGGAGGAUUUCUCAUAAUCCUAAAUAAUCUUUGGGAAUUGAAGAAAGAUUGCCCUGAGCAGGCCUCAAACCAAAUUAUGGAGCCAGGAGAUCGAUACGGAAAACUGCUGGGCCACAGGGAAAAUUUCGUGAUCCAUGCCAUCGCUAUUGUGCUCUCAUAUGCAGUAUUCGGGUUAGUGCCUCCAACUGUGUACGGCUUCUCAUUUCGCAAGAGCGAUGACAUGGAACUCAAGCUCAUUGCAGCUGCUGCAGCUUCACUGUUAUGCACCAUAGUUCUGGCAACUGGAAAGGUGUAUGCCCAGAGACCACCCAAGUCUUACCUUAAAACAAUCACGUUUUACGUUGUUUUAGGUUUCGUGGUCUCAGGAGUUUCAUUUGCAGCCGGUCAGUUAAUCAAUAGGCUGUUGCUGAAGCUUGGUUUGUUCCAGUCAAGUUCAGAGGUCAACCUGUUCCAACCUGGGGUGACUCCAGCCCAUAAAGCAGCAUGGGCAUCAUACUAAGGAGCUACAAAAGCUUAAUCAUAUGAUCAACUCUCAAUAAAUGGCUUAUUUUUACUAGGGUUCUUUGCGGCUGAGAAGAAGGAUUUUGAAAUAUGAGGAGUAAGAAUGUUAGAUGCAGUGUUUUUGUCCUCUUUUGGGAACAGGAAAAUUUGUAUUUGCACACUUAUAAUUGCAAUGCUUUUUUA